AUGACAGCCGAUAUCAACUCCGACGAAAUGUACCCUCCCAUCCCCGUUUACGGCGGACGAUGGACCCCGCCGAAACGCCUUCUCGACUGCUACAACCACAUGUGGAUCGACACCGACGUCUGGGAGCUGCCGGAAAACGUCACCUACGAGCUCUACAGCCAGCCCAUGCGCGGUCCGGGCGCACAGGGUUCCUACCUGGUGGUCCUGCCGCCAGGCUACGAUGAUCUGGACAUCAAUGGCGAGCGGUAUCCCGUCUUGUACUGGCUGCAUGGGGGAUUUUCCUGCUCGCGCCACGCGCUGUGGUCGCUGCAGUUCUACGCGCGCAAGAUGGAGCUCGGGACCAUGCCCAAGGUGAUUCUGGUGGCGCCCCAGGCCCUACCCAAAGGCCGAUGGAUCAACAGCUACGAUGGCAGCCGUCCUCUGGGAGACAUUAUGUGUCAUGACCUGGUGACGGCCAUCGACGAGCGAUACAGGACGAUCCGGCAUCCAUCGGCCCGCUGGCUCGAGGGUCAUUCGGCUGGAGGGUAA